CAUGCACUUCAAUAUUCAGUUAAACUCGAACACUUACUUUCCUUUUAGAACUCUUCAUCCUUCAAAUUUUACCCAUUCUUAUCUCUUUAUUCUUCUUAUCCUAUGUAACUAUUUUCUUCUUUUGUCAUUUUUCUUUGUUGGGAGGUUUUGGUACUAGGAAACAGUAAGAAUUAAUCAGUGAUGGAAGCGAGUGCAGAAACCAGUGUCAACAGUCAACAUCAGCUGACUUUGGGGAAUUUAUCACGUCUAAUUAUGGACCUUUUGGCACCAUUUUGGGCAUGCAACAAACUAAUAUUUUCCCGUUGUUUGUCUGAUGCUUUAACACUAGUCACUGGCACCAUCAUUUGUCCCAUAAAUGGAAACAAGGUUAAGCUUUGCUUGCAAGAAAACACAAAAAGCGUUCCCUUGGUCUUCAUUGAACUUCCCCUUAGCACUGCAGGAUUCACCAGUUCAAUCGACUGCGGUGUUCGCAUAGUCCUGGAGCCUGUCCCUGAUUCAAGCAUUACACAAAGGUGGGUCACGUAUUGCAAUGGGCAGAAGGUUGGAUUUGCUAGAAGGCUGGAAGUUGGGGAGGAGAAAUGGGUGCUUGAAAUGAUGCAGAUGGUCUCAACUGGAGCUGGGAUUUUGUUCCAUAAAGGUUCAGAUGCAGGUGGCUACAAGUACUUGAGAGGCCAGUUUGAGCAAAUAAUAGGUUCUGAUGAUUCAGAGGCUUACCAUUUGGCAGAUCCUUCAUAUUGGUUUGGACAAGAGUUUAGUGUAUUCUUCCUUAGUAAUUAGCAGCUUUUCAUUCUGAUUCUUUU